UAGGUGUUUGAUGCAGACUAUAAUGUUAUUCUGCGCAUGAUGACGCGCAAAAGUACGUAUGUCUCCGCUUCACACCGCUAGCUAGCAGGAAGUAUGUUGAAUCCGUGGAGAAAAAAAAUGACCGAAGAACCAAAGUCGGUUGUUGAUCUGAAAAAAUAACAAGUCUCCUAAAUGAGAACGCAAAUGCUGCGUUUUUCAGAUUCGGCAUCAUUCGCUCUGGUCCAAAGAACGUCAUUAAACGGGAGCCUGUUACGCAAAUGCAGUAAGCCAAGUGCUCUUCCAGUGCCUGCUCCGUGUCCAGAUCCUUCCGGUGCUGCCCUGACGGGGUGGUAUUGAAUGGCUGAAAGAGAAGACUUUCUUCAGCUCUGGGAAGAAAAUGGCUGACGCCACAGAGUCCAAGAGCUAAGACUCUAUUUUACCCUUGUCUACUUUGUUUAUUAUCUUGAGAUUUGAAUACCCCUUCCUUAAAUGUAUACGCCUACUAUGGCAAUGCAUGAUAUGAGCCGUGUCAAGGGUUUCCCCUGUAAAGAGUGUGAUAUGGUUUGCCCCAGUACCCCUAGUCUAUUAGAACACAUGAAGGCUCACUACCAGCAAGAAGAAAAUGGCAGGUUUGAGUGUGAGCAAUGUGGCCGCAUCUAUAAGCAUGCUGGCAGCCUGGCCAACCAUAAGAAAUCCCAUGAAGUGGGUUCCUUUCAGUGCCCAGUCUGCACCAGAACCCUGCCCAAUGCUGUGGCUCUGAAGAACCACCUCCGCAUCCACACCCUAUCCCCAAGCAGUGCCCAGGCAGAGGAAGACGGCGGUGACGAUGGCGCUGAAGACGGACAUGAUGAGAGGAACUAUGGUCUUGCACAGGACCUCUCUGAUGGCUUUGCCCGCAGUCACCUGAACAACAGUGGAAUGGGUCAUGGUGUGAUGUCACAUGACCCAGAUGAUCAUAAGAAGUCACCUGUAACCGAUGAUGCCUGGGAUCGUCCAUUCAAAUGCGAUCAGUGUGAUAGGACCUACCGCCACCAUGGGAGCCUGGUUAAUCACAAGAAAUGUCAUCAGGAAGGGGCGUUCAAGUGCACCGUCUGUUACAAGCAGUUCAACAACCUGGCUGCUCUCAAUGGUCAUGAGCGAACCCACUCAAAGUUUAAGACUCCUGGAGCAUCGAUGGUUAACAACAUACAUGACUCUGUGACUGAUCAGCGUUCGUCUGCUCCCCAAACCGAUGAUGCAGCUAACUGCUUCUGCCACCUGUGCCAGGUAGCUUUGCCCAACAAGAGUGACUUCCAGGAGCACAUCCUGUUGCAUAAUGCAGCCUCCUCUUCACUGGGUCUUUCCCGUAGUUUCCCUGGGAUAAUGGCGCACAAUCUCAGCACUGUCCGCUCUCCAGCAUACACACCUGCCCUGGGUGACCCUCUGCCGCUUCCUCCUUUGCCAAAUGAUAAACGUGGCCCCUUUGACCCAAUGCUUGGACCUCCUGUUAAUAAUCCCAUUUACACUUGUGCAUACUGUGGGGCUGGGCAUCCUGAUCUGGAGAGCCUCAAAGUUCAUUACCUGACCCAUGACCCCCACCCAGGCUCCCAUGGUCAGGAUGGUAUCCUGAACACUGAUGGGAUUGGCUCUAACUCUAACCCAUCACCAUCUGGAGAGAGAGUGCAAUCUUCUUCUGAUGAUGGCGAACGUCGUUUCAAGUGUCAGGAUUGUGGGAAAAGCUACCGCCAUGCUGGAAGCCUGGUCAACCACAAGCGCUCCCACCAGACUGGCCUCUACCAGUGUACCAUCUGCUGCAAGCAGUAUCCGCAUUUGGCAGCCUUGCAUAGCCACCUCCGCAGCCAUAAGGGAAGAACAUCCAACCAAUCAUCCCUCAACACUGAAGGCGACUGGCUCUCCUCUGAACCCCUGACACUUGACUCUCAGAAUAGUUAUGUGCAGGAGGGGAGCGGCGCAACCACCCCUAUCUCCCUCCCUGGAAAUCUUGGUGACGCUGCUCACUUUGUACCUGAUGGUGGACACAGCAGUGGUUUGGAUUCACUGGAGUUCCAUGAUCGAUUUGAUGGCUCCCUUGCCCAGAGCAACUCUGGGCACUCCCCUCUUCCCCAGAACCACCGCCAGGCUGAUAGACACAUGUGCACUGACUGUGGAGAAAUGUAUGGAGACAUCUCUGGCAUCAAGUCUCACAUGUGCCCCCAACGGCGACAGAACCAGGGGAUGUCCAAUGGAUUCAUGGGAAACAUGAGUGGCUACAACAGUCCUGGAGGCGCUGCGCUCCCUUCAGGUGGAGGAAAUGUGAAAGAGAGCAAUGGACAGCGCUCUCAGUAUGGUUCUCAGUCCCAUGCCCAAGGAGGGGGGAAAAGGAUGAAUAAAGAAGAUGAAGAUGAUGGUGAAGUGUACCAGUGCUCAGUGUGUGGAAACCAUUAUGCCAGCCUCAGAGCUCUGAGGAGCCAUCUGCGCAGCCAUGCUAACAAUCCCACAGGGCCUGGGACUUCGGCACUUUCUCCUAACGGUGAGGCAGACUGGAGGAUUAUCUGCAGCACCUGUGGCCAGAGCUUCUCCAGAAAGCAAGACCUGUUAAACCACCAACUGAUUCACGGGCCACAAAGGUCAGAUGCAGCAGCGCAGAGCAUGGGGGCCGAUCCCGCCAAUACUAAUGGCAAAAUGGAUGGUGAUGGGAGGAAUCACAUUUGCGUUGACUGUGGCAUGUUCUUUGCUGAUCGCCAUCACCUGAUUACUCACCUGUGUCCUGGAAAGGGAAGAGGAGGAGUGCUGAGCAAAGAAGGAUUGAAUGGCGCUAAAGGGAUGACUGGCGGAGACGGAGUUGGUGGCGGCGGAGUUGGAGGACCUGGGGGCAGUCGUGAUAUGGGAGGACAGGACCGUAGACAACAGAUGCCAGAUUCGGAGGAUCGACCCCACAAAUGUGACCAGUGUGGAAGGGGCUACAGGCACCCUUGCUCCCUGCUCAACCACAAGAAAUCUCACAAGACCGGAGUCUUCAGAUGCCUUGUCUGCCAGAAGCGCUACUACAACCUGCUGGCCCUCAAGAACCACCAGAGGACCCACUUUGAUUUAAAAAGCAAGGCUGCCGCUGGCACAGGGAGAAGCGGUCCCCAAGUGGCACCCGAUUCCGAAACGAUGGCUUUACUUGAAUGGCACAAGUGUGAGGAGUGUGGGAAGGCCUUCAAGAUCCAGAAGCAGCUGGAAAACCACCUUCGGCUCCAUGAAGAACACCGAGCAAAGGCUCACGCCCAGCUCGCAAAACUAGGCAAUGGAAGGUAUCAAGGAGGACCCUCUGGCAUGCAGGCCAUGAGAGGAGAAUCGUCCAAAUCUCAGAACCCUGGCAUGGGGGAAGUCAAGUAUGGACAACAACAACAAGGCUUCAAGCAACCCUACUCAGAGGCUGGCACUUCAAGGGCUCAGAAUUUUGAUCUACAAGAAGGGGGACGACGACCCUUCGCCUGUGAUGAGUGUGGACGGAGCUAUCGUCAUGCAGGUAGCUUGGCUAAUCACAAGAAUCUUCACAAAAUUGGCGAGUAUCACUGCAAUGUCUGCAACUCCACUUACCCGAACCGCCUGGCCAUGAAAAACCAUCUGCGUCUACAUUUUGCCCUCAAGAAGCACACUUGCCAGGAGUGCGGCAAAGGAUUCCGUACCCAAAAGCAGCUUACCACCCACCACUCUGCACAGCUCUGCAAGGGGGCUGCAGGUGCUGUUGCUCAAAUGGAUUACGAGUGUGAUGGGUGCUGUGAGGGUUUCGCUACUGCAGACCAGCUGGCUGCACAUGACUGCCCUGCUCAGCAGCUCCCUUCGUCCUCUGCCUCCCUCAACAGCUCAAGCCUCAGCAUCGAUGGGGCUGACCUUGUGCCAGAUGAACGCCCCUACAGCUGUGACAUCUGCAACUGCUCUUACAAACAUGCCAGCAGCUUGCUGAACCACAAGCACACACACAAGACGGGCACCUUUACUUGCACCUACUGCGACAAGCCGUACUCCAACUACAUGGCCCUGCGCAACCACAUGCGCAUUCACACGCAGAAGAAGAGGCACAUCUGCCACCACUGUGGGAAAGCAUUCCGGCUAGCCAGAUUCCUCCGCAAUCACCAGAAGGUCCAUGAGGAGGGCCACACACGCUUUGGCUGCACCAGCUGCGGGAAGAGCUUCCAGGGGAGGUCAGGCCUGGCGAGGCACCGCUGUGGGGAGAACCAGGUAGGCAAGGAGGGCAGGAGGAUGGCCACUGCAAGCACGACAGGGGGAGAAGAGUGCCGGUACACAUGUGACCAGUGUGGCCGCUCCUACGCCCAUGCCAGCUCCCUCCUCAACCACAAAAACACCCACACCGUCGGCAUUUACCACUGUGCUGUGUGCCUCAAGACCUAUUCCAACCUCCUGGCCCUCAAGAACCACCGGCGCAUCCAUUCAGAGAUUCGGCGUCACCGCUGCCCAGAAUGCGGCAAGGCUUUCCGUGUCUCCUCCCAGCUCAACAGCCACCGUCGCGUCCACCUAAAGGAGAGGGAGCUAACUUGUGGCCCCUGCCAGCGCAGCUUCCCCAGCCAGGCCAGCUUCCGGCUCCACCAGGAGAUCUCCCACGGCCAAGCCCCCAGGCCCCCCCAGCAGAAACAGGCCAGGGCUGGGGGAGCCUCUGGGGGAACAUCCGGGGGCGGGAGCUCAGGCCUUAACUGGGACUCCGGUCUGGAUCUCACGCUGUUGCAGGCCCAAGGACUGGUCCCCAAUGGACUACCCAAAAUUAACUCCCUGUCCUUCCAAGGCCCCAGUGGCAGCAGGAGCCGUGGGGCGACGGGGACCAAGUCGCACGUCUGCAACCAGUGCGGCCGCGGCUACCUCCACGCCAGCUCCCUCCUCAACCACAAAAACAGUCACAAAACAGGUGCCUACUUCUGUAACUCCUGUCAGAAGGAGUUUCCCAACCUGAUGUCCCUCAAGAACCACCGGCGUAUUCACACUGAGCCCAAACGUUUCCAGUGCCCCGACUGCGGAAAGUCCUUCCGUGUGUCCACCCAGCUCAUCUGCCACAGGCGCAUCCACACCAAGGAAAAGCCCUUUUCCUGCCAGCAAUGCGACAAGCGCUUCUCCAGCAAGUCCAACCUGCGCCACCAUCAGAAGGUGCACUGGAGCAGCUCAGCGCCCCCCACCAUGGCCAUGGGCGCUGCCAGCUUCUUGGGUCAUCCACCAAUUGGCGCAGGGAGACCACCCAAGUUGCAUGUCUGUGACCAGUGCGGCCGUGGUUACCGCCAUGCCGGAUCCCUCCAGAACCACAAGAACGUCCACAAGACAGGUGCCUAUUUCUGCAGCUCUUGUCAGAAGGAGUUCUCCAACCUGAUGGCUCUCAAGACCCAUCGGCGCAUCCACACUGAGGUCAAACGCCACCGGUGCUCAGAUUGUGGAAAGGCCUUUCGUGCUCCUAGCCAACUCAUCGUCCACCAGCGCAUUCACACCCAGGAGAAGCCCUUCUCCUGCCAGCAAUGCGCCAAACGCUUCUCCAGCAAGUCCAACCUACGCCACCACAUGAAGUUGCACUGGAGCGGCUCAGCUCCUUCCAGUUUCCUGGGUAAAUCGGUAAUUGGUGUGGAGGCCAAAUCGCACGUCUGUGACCAGUGUGGCCGUGCUUACCGUCACGCUAGCUCCCUCCUCAACCACAAGACCAUCCACAAGACAGGCGUUUAUUUCUGCACCUCCUGUCAAAAGGAGUUUCACAAUCUGAACGCCCUCAAGAACCACCGGCGCAUCCAUACGGAGACCAAGCGCUACGAGUGCCCGGAGUGCGGAAAGUCCUUCCGUGUGUCCACCCAGCUCAUAAUCCACCGGCGCAUCCACACCAAGGAGAAACCCUUCUCCUGCCAGCAGUGCGACAAGCGCUUCUCCAGCAAUUCCAACCUGCGUCACCACAUGAAGUUGCAUUGGGGCAGCUCAGCACGACCUGUGCGCACCAAUGUGUCUGUGGCUGCUACCAGUGCCACCCUCUUGGCUCUGCCUCAGACCCAUAUCUAUACAAAGUAUGGGUGGGGGUGGGGAAAGGGGAAGCAUUGAAAUGCCAAGGUUCUGGAGGUGCCAAAACUCUUCUUCACCCUCCUUCUCAUUCACCACCAUCCCCCCCUUUGUUAUAGACUGUGAUAGAGCAGGUUUAUGUGGUUUAGACGCACAAGGCAAUGCGACCCCAGACAAGGGGAAAAAGUGGACUUGACAUGGACACUAUCUACACUGGUUAGGAUACAGGUUGCAAAAUCUUCACCCAUCCAAUCAGUUAGCUGUGCUUUACUGCAUUCACUCAUUGGCCUUUGCUAGUGUACAACAACCCUUCUGCCUGCAAUGGUACACCAGGAUUACUGGUAUAAAAAAAAGUCAAUAUUAAGGUUUUGGGAUUGUUCCUUUUUGACUGCUGCACAUCAUAACAUCUCACCUGUUAAUCUGCAGUGAAGCCUUUGCUUGCGGCUUUUGUUGUGUCGUACAGUAUGAAAGAUAUUGAAGAGUAACUCGUGGAUUUUAAACAUAUAUGCGCGCAAUAUGUUGGAUUGAAGAGUUGAGAUGUACUUUGACAUUUUACAUUGUAAAGAUUGAGUUUUCAUGGUGAAUGUAGUCAUAUAGAACUGACCUGUAAUAUAGUAUAUAGAACUGACCUGUAAUAUAGAAUAUAGAACUGACCUGAGGGUGUAUUGCUCUCUUGUGAGGCUCUAAUCGUUUUCUAGCUCGUGUGUUUCUGGCAGCACGAAGAUGAGCUUCAAACUUGUAUUAUUCUGCAGAUGACGACAAUGCUCUUAAUGGGUUGCUACUGUCUGACAUAACAUUUCUGUAUUCCUCCCAUUAUUUCAAAAUGGCUCUUGGCCCCAAUAUUUUAAACACGGCUCCUAGCCAGCAAGCGCGUAUAGAUGAUUUAAAAAAACAUGGAUAAAACAUAAAGAAAUGUAUAUUGUUUGGCCGGUGCCUGCAUUUGGUUUUAACAUGUAUCAUAAUUAUACAUCUGACUGUAUUAUUCACGGUAUGGCUUUUAUAAAUCAUUAUAGUAUGCUUUAGGAUCUCUCCGUUUAGGAGACGUGUUGUAACCACCCCUUGUCCUUACACUUACUUCAUCAUGUACAGUUGAAGUCUAAAAGUUUACAUACACUUAGGUUGGAGUCAUUAAAACUCGUUUUUCAACCACUCCACACAUUUCUUGUUAACAAACUAUAGUUUUGGCCCAGUCGGUUAGGACAUAUACUUUGUGCAUGACAUAAGUCAUUUUUCCAACAAUUUUUUACAGACAGAUUAUUUCACUUAUAAUUCACUAUAUCAUAAUUCCAGUGGGUCAGAGGUUUACAUACACUAAGUUGACUGUGCCUUUAGACAGCUUGGAAAAUUCCCAAAAAUUGUGUCAUGGCUUUAGAAGCUUCUGAUAGUUGAAAUCAUUUGAGCCAAUUGGAGGUGUACCUGUGGAUGUAUUUCAAGGCCUACCAAACUCAGUGCCUCUUUGCUUGACAUCAUGGGAAAAUCUAAAAAAAUCAGCCAAGACCUCAGAAUUUUUUUUUGUAGACCUCCGCAAGUCUGGUUCAUCCUUUGGGAGCAAUUUCCAAACGCCACGUUCAUCUGUACAAACAAUAGUAUGCAGGUAUAAACACCAUGGGACCACACAGCCGUCAUAUUGCUCAGAAAGGAGACGCGUUGUCUCCUAGAGAUGAAUGUACUUUGAUGCAAAAAGUGCAAAUCAAUCCCAGAACAACAGCAAAGAACCUUGUGAAGAUGCUGGAGGAAACAGGUACAAAAGUAUCUAUAUCUACAGUAAAACGAGUCCUAUAUCGACAUCGGCAAGGAAGAAGCCAUUGCUCCAAAACCGCCAUAAAAAAAUCCAGACUAUGGUUUGCAACUGCAUAUAGGGACAAAGAUCGUACUUAUUGGAGAAAUGUCCUCUGGUCUGAUGAAACAAAAAUAGAACUGUUUGGCCAUAAUGACCAUCAUUAUGUUUGGAGGAAAAAGGGGGAGGCUUGCAAGCCGAAGAACACCAUCCCAACCGUGAAGCAUGGGGGUGGUAGCAUCAUGUUGUGGGGGUGCUUCACAAAAUAGAUAACAUCAUGAGCAUGGAAAAUUAUGUGGAUAUAUUGAAGCAACAUCUCAAGACAUCAGUCAGGAAGUUAAAGCUUGGUCGUGAAUGGGUCUUCCAAAUGGACAAUGACCCCAAGCAUACUUCCAAAGUUGUGGCAAAAUGUCUUAAGGACAACAAAGUCAAGGUUUUGGAGUGGCCAUCACAAAGCUCUGACCUCAAUCCUAUAGAACAUUUGUGGGUAGAACUGAAAAAGUGUGUGCGAGCAAGGACGCCUACAAACCUGACUCCGUUACACCAGCUCUGUCAGGAGGAAUGGGCCAAAAUUCACCCAAUUUAUUAUGGGAAGCUUGUGGAAGGCUACCCGAAAGGUUUGACCCGAGUUAAACAAUUGAAAGGCAAUGCUACCAAAUACUAACUUCUGACCCACUGGGAAUGUGAUGAAAUAAAUAAAAGCUGAAUUAAAUAAUUCUCUCUACUAUUAUUCUCACAAUUUACAUUCUUAAAAUAAAGUGGGGAUCCUAACUGACCUAAAACAGGGAAUUUUUUCCUGGAUUAAAUGUCAGGAAUUGUGAAAAACUGAGUUUAAAUGUAUUUGGCUAAGGUGUAUGUAAACUUCCCACUUCAACGGUAUGUAUAAUUGACAUGGAUUCAAGGAUGAAGGACUCUUUGACACUUUAAAUUGACUGUACUUCCUUAAGUUUCCCUUGUACAAUAAACAGGGAGCUGCUAUGUGUGUUUUGAUUGCAGUAUGAAGUUUAAGGAAGAUUAAGGAUUAUUGCUGACAUGUUUGCCUUUUGAGUGAUGUGUCUGUCUUCCCUCAACUCAGACUGGACACUUCUGUUUCACACACACACAAAAACACAAACAGAUAACUUUGUAAAAGUUUAGUGCAUUUAUUAUGUCAAGAUUGUUACUCUUUUAUUGUAACCUUUGUGUAUUCAUUCAUUAGCUAGUAUUUCCAUAUACAAUUGUGUUAUAUUCAACUAUUCAAAGCUCUGUGUGAACGUAUUUUACUGGGAGUACUGCUAGUAAGUGAAAUAUAAAGUCACUGCAUUGAUUUAGGAGUAAUGUGAUAAAACUAGACCAGAGGACAACUGUAUAUUUUAGUUAUACCUGAAAAUAGUAUACAAAAUGGACACUUGAACCUUCAUUACAGCUAGUUUAGAAAUAAUUGCUUUUAACAAGUUUUAAUUUAAAGUUCUUACUUUUUUUAGUAUAUAUGUAAUGUUUACUAUACACUUUUAUAAACUAUGUUUUGAUUAUACAUUUCUUAACAAAACUUGUCCAUAUUAUAACCCCUAAUGCGGAGUACUGAAAAUAAAAGCUGGGAAAAUGUGUUGUGAAUCACAAUUGUCCUUCAGCUCCUCACA